AUGCGAGGUGACGUCAACCCUGAUCUCCAAUGUGAUGUUGUUCAGAAACAGAUCAGGGACAUAAUGAAGUGGGAGAAGAAGAUACGUAGAGUGAACCUUGUAUCACAAUGGGAUUACCGGUUAGAUGUAGUCGUUUUGAACCGACUGCAUGCGUUCAUCACAUCGUUCGUUUCACUAUGUUAUCGUAUUAUACGCUCCACCGCACCGCCUCGAGAGAAGCCGGAAUUUUGCUACGAUUCGUUAGACAUUGACGAUUUUUCAACUCACCUCUCAAGUGACUCUAUCACGACGUCCGUCGCAUUAUAUUCUAUGCGAUUUGCUGGAACGGUUGUUCAACUACUUGCUGAAGUGAGCUACAUUUGCGCGAUUAACUGCUUUUAUUAUGGUAGAAAUGAACUAAAACUCAGCGAAACAUUUGAUUACGGCUUAGUGAAUUGUCCAGCAGGUACAAAAGGUUGUUUUUUCUAUCAACAUCGCCAAUGUAUCGGGACGAGAUUUGGUGUUGUUUAUUCCAUCACAGGCUGCUUAGGGAAUCCUGACUUGUGCGAUAGCAGCGUGUUUUCUACACGGAAACUAAACGGAACCGGGAGAUGUUGUUAUCAUUUCGGAUGUAAUUUAGCGAUGUAUAACUCUCUGCUCACAUUACCUCGAUGGAGACCACAACACGACUUCUCUGAUUGCGAUCCUUGUGAACAAUGUGGAGACACGAAAAUUAGUCCUUCGUCGAAAACAGCUGCACCAUCAACAGGUUACUCUACGACUGCGACCGAAGCUCUUUCUGCUACUACAAAGACUACAACUACUUAUUCAACCGCCACAACAACCGAGAGUACCACCUCAGAAGGAUUAAUGCAUGCUGACAGUCUCUGA